AUGUGCAUCGACUUUGCCCCCACUCUCAACCUCCGAUCUCUCCGUACACAACACACAGACGUGCAAGACGCGCCGAUGGAAGGCAACCAGCUGCAGGUAGUUGCUGCUGCGGUGCACACGGAGGCGCUCUCGCGCGCUGAGGGUCAUGCUUGUCGUACGUCUCCCGUGCGUUGUGUGUACCGCCUCCGCGACGCGUGUGCGGCGCUGCAGCUUAUUCUCCUGGCCUACAAAUACCGCCGCUGCGGUGCGAAGUCGAUGACGGUCGCCAUGUUCGUUCAGGCUUGCGCCUCUGAUCUCGUGAAGGAGGUGCGCGUCCUAGAGGACGCCCUAUCCUCGUCACCCCGCCGCGUCUCCUCCGGUGACGCCAUCGCGACGUUGGAGGCACCGUGGUUCUACAUCGGCUCUGAGGCAGGUGACGACGUACGCGUGUACCUGCUGCUGCCUACCUACGCGGAUUACUUCUUUGACUACACAAUGCACUGGGCACGGGUCGCAUACUCAGAAAUGGCGCGCCAGUACGUUGGCCACGCCCUCAUCGCAAAGCUGCAGACUGUCGGUGGGGGUUGGGCCUCGCUGCACCGGGCCGACAAGUCCCUCGCGUGCGCGCUGCAGCUGCAAGCUGUGGCACAAGCGGUGUUCGAUGAGGAUGUUGUGCGCAAGUGCCGCCUCUUCAUUGGCUGGGCUCAUCUCUGGAACAGCGAUCCGGCCAAGGCUCUGGAGGUGUUUUAUGCGGAACUGGCCGCCGCGCGACGGCAUGGCGACACAGUCCACGAAAGGCGCUGCCUACACGCCAUUCAGAACGCGGAGCACAACCCUUGCCUCGCCCCUGGAGGGGCACACACGGGCCGCUACCAGCUUGUGAGCCUUUGGUGGCGUGCGCUUGGCUAG